AUGACUAUUUAUGAUUCAGAAUUUCUCAUGUUAAGCAGAUACUUAACAAUUUACAUUAAUUAGAUUACAAAAUUUAAUUUUGGAGAUAUGCAUUGGAUGAUUAAUGACGAAUUAGUGUAAAGUAAAAGUACCCAUACAAUUACAUUAAGAGGUAUUAUUGCUCUUUUACUAAGAUUAAAGCAAACCUUAAAGCAACUCUGUCCUUCAUUGUAUAGCUGA